CUGGCCAGUCGGAUUAACACAGACACAUCCUACCAUGUAAAGGGUCCAAGUAAUCAAACAGGUUGGUCUAAGUGUUGGAAUAAAAACUGCUGUGUAGAAUUAUCAGACAAGACUUUAAAUGUUCUCGGGAACUGCGCCGAAUAUCUCCGUUUUAUCUGCCAAAGGAAAAUCCUUCCAUUUUUGCGGCUCCCCCAGGAAAGUGGCCGUAUAGAACUAGAGUAUAAAGGUUCAUGGGGGCCUUUGUGUUUUGACCUGGGCCUGUCACAAAAUGAAACUGGAGAAAUUUGUCGGGACCAAUAUCAUCUACUAUACCAAAAUUUCAGAAAAACUUACGUCUACAGAGACCUCGGAAAUAAUGAGUCUUGGUAUGACAACGCCACCAUGGAAUGUUCAUCCACUAAAUUGCACUGCGAAGGUGAGCCGCCAGAAGAGCCACAAAUUGAAAGUGUUGGUGAGAUAUACGCUGGGAACACAACAACCUUUGAGUGCACAGUGGUCGGUGGCAUACCCAAACCAACCAUAGGCUGGGAAAAGGAUGGCAAGGAUACAACAACUAACGAAACCUGGGGACGUCCUAAAAAUAAAACUGUUUUCAUCGGAUAUACAACCUUUACGACUUCGCCUGAUGACAACAAGGCUUCUUUGACUUGUGUCGUCAAUUACAAACCAGACAGCUUCUAUCGACGCAGCAUCACCCUGGAUGUAUUAUUCACGCCUAUCAUCACUAUACAAGACAAUGUAGAGGUCGACGAGGCAGAUGACGUCACCCUUCUGUGUAACGUCACUUCCAACCCAGUAUCAACCGUGACUUGGACUGGGCCAAAGGGGUGCAACACCUCAGCUGAAACGACCUUGACCUUGAACCGGAUAUAUCGUACCGCCAUUGGGAAUUACACGUGCAGCGCUGAGAAUGCCAUUGGCAGAGAGCAGAACACUGCCAUGUUAUACAUAAACGCUCCCCCGAAGAUGUGUCUGCAUCAGCAUGGAUUCACAAAAGUAAAUCAAAAUCUAAAGCUUACAUGUUCGGCUACUGGAAUCCCGACUCCGAUCGUUACCUGGUUUAGGGAGGCGGAAGAACUUGCUAACACGAAUUCUCCCGACUACAUAAUUGAGGCUGGAGUCUCCCCUGACAACCCAUACCUUGUGUCCAGUACCUUAACAGUGUCUGAUACUGAAGGUCGGAAUGUGUUUGGAUACAGAUGUAGGGUCACCAACGACAAUGGCGUCAUACAGAAAACUUUCAGAAUCCGCCGGAAACUGAAAUGCAGAUGUCUGUCCAGGCUUCUAAGGAAUUGCGUACCACUGGAAUUGAAACAAGAGGAACUAGAUGUAGUGGUGUUCGAGACUAAAGAGAUUCUUGCCAUUGACAAAAGUCGGCUAACAGCAACAGUGACGAGAUUCGUCUCCGCCAAUGACGAUCGGCAAUCUUCGUUCGUUAUCGGAUCAGUAGCAGUCACUAUACUUGCCUCCCUACUUGUUCUCUUGAUUGGUUGUGACUUGAUUGGACAUUUUGUUAUCGACCCACAGCUCAAAAACAAAAGGAAAUGAACAUAAUCUGAAAAAAAUACCGUGUAUUGGGUUGUUUUUGGAGUCAAUUUUAUUUUUUUUUUUUUAUUUUUUAUUUUUUUUUUUUGCGAAUAUCAUAAUAUUGCCCCAUCUUAUUUAUUCAUUUAUUUAGUUUAGUUCUAUUUUUGUUUGCGAUUUCAAUACAGGACUUAACACAGCAUGCUAUUUUAUAUUUUCAUACUAACACCUUAAUGUACGUUUAUUAGCUUCACAUAAGAACAAGGGAAGUAACUCGUUCAGAAAACAGCCAGUUCCAAAUAGACCCGAUAUACGGUAUAUUUCUUCAUCAAAUAUCGAGAUACUUACCAUGCAUAUCAUGUGCGGCAUCUUUUUGCAGAAAGGUAAAAACCUUGAUGGAGCGAGAUAAAGAAAAGAACAAAUGGUUUGGAAUGGCAUUUAAAACCUAAAUAAAACAUGCACUGAUUUUUUUAACAUAUGUGUGUGUGUGUAUAUACAUGUAUAUAUAUAUAUCUUCACAUCUACAGUGAAGAGUUCUAUUGUAUCAGCACUAACAAUUGGAUUAUGAUUAUGAAAUACUUAAGGGAGAUUUUAUAGACUUUAGUUGACCAUUUAAUGUAUCUAAACAUUCAUUAUACCUACAAAAAUGUACCAUUAAUCAAGUAUUUAAACUAAAAAGUAUGCAUAUUCUGGCAAAGAAGUUGCAUGAAAUAAUCUACAGAAAAUUUUACUCAACAUCGUAUUUUGGUGAUGAUAUGAGGUUGAAGUUGUCAAAACUCUUUUUAUUUAAUGUUCUUUUUUCAAAUAACGAGAGCCAAAUAGAAAUACACUGAGCAUACAAGCCAGACUCAGUGCCCACAUGGACCCGAAAUGUAACUGUUGAUGGAAAUGCGUUGAUACAUUUACAAUCUCCCGAUUUGAAAUGCUACAGUAUGUAUUUUCAGAUUAGUUUAAUCUCACCUACAUUUUUGUACUUCGUGUGGUUUCGCCUUUAAGCGGUCUUACUUCCUAAUAUAUUUUUUUCGUAGUAAGCCCAGGCUAUACCAUGAUGUGUUACCACUAUUUCGGCUUAUUUUGUCUAAGGAAUUUUGGUGAGUUGCUGAAUAAUUGUGUCUAAACUAUUCUCGGUAUUUCAAGUAUUCAACCGUUGUAAAGUGAAGGCAGAUCAGCCAUUAAUAUUAACCAAUGGUGGUCAGGUACCUUUCACCUAUAUGCGCUUCAAUCCAACAAGGGUGAUCAAUAUAGAGGCUAUCCAAUGAUUCAUCUGUAAUAUCACAUAUGUGUCACGAGUAUCAAGGGGGAAUAACUCGUACAACAGGAAAGUAAUCAAGACAAAACCUUAUGUAUUUAGUUUCACUGGGAAAUGUUUUCUUUUCACUACUCAUCACUGGAGUGAACAUAUAAGUUUUAUCAGUUUGAUUACUUUCUAUAUUUUAAAGACUGAAAUUUAAUAAAAUUUGUUAUAAAUAUAUAGAUAUCUACUAGAUCUAUCUAGUUAAUAUGAUAUAAUUUAAUUUUGCUUGUAACAAGCAUUUUCAUUGGCUCAAAAAAUUAUGUUAUCAUCUCAAUAUAUAUAAAAAAUAAACUGUGACGUCAGCGGAGUAAUUGUUGUUCACGGGAUUUUGUAUUUAUCGAUUUGUUUUUAAAUAUCUGGAGCAAAAUAAACAUGUUAA